AUGAUUCUCUCGCGACACACUCGCAGCGGACUGCUUGCACAUCGAGGGGCUGCCGCGAGGUCGACCUGGGUUUCGUCGAGACAUGCGGCGCUUUCCUCCACGGUCCCCUCGACCGCGCGGCGCCACGCCGAGAGAAGCCUGGCGACGGCUGUCGACGACUUCAAGCUCGAGACUCUGCCAUACAACAACCUGACCAGCUCAACGCUGCCUCCGUUCCAACCUCCGAGAUCCUACGACCUCAGAGCCUUCGACCCGACCUCGCCGUUGACCAUCCCCGAGCCCGGCCCGCCGCGACCCCCGACCAAGACAAACGUAUUCGGCGUUCCGGGGGAGACCGAAGACAUGCUUCCCGUGUUUGACGCGUGCCUGCGCGUGGGAAAGCUGGACCGCGCAGCUCUUGUGCUUAAGCGCCUGAACGCUGUCGGGACUUUGUCCAUCGAAGAGCAGACCCUGCUCAACAACCAGUACCUUCGUGCAUCCUUGAAGCAAUUGAGCUCAAGCCCCGACCGGCAACGCGCCGAGGGGCUUCACCAGUGGUACGAACUCCAGAUACGGAGCAAGGGACUACCCCAUACCGCCGAGACCAUCGCCUGCAUGCUCAAGGCCUCUCUGCUCUCCGAGCGAGGCUCAAGGCUUCACCGCUUGGUCAAGCGCUACAUGGGCAUGGCCCCUAACGAGGCCGGUCUCCUGGUGCUCAACAUGGCCGACAUCCUUAGUGAUAGGGACCUAGCCGUCAUUACCGACAUUUGCCCCACGUACAACUUUUCCCAGGAGCCAGAGCUUGAAGGUCCUGCCAUUGAGGCGCGAAAGGAGUGCGAACCCGUGGGCCGUGACUUGGUCGAUCAACCGACAGACCUGCCGGGAGCCGAUUCUAUUUCCGAACUGGUGCCGACACCACAAAAGGGUCUGAGCCUCGACACCCUCAAGCAUAACCUCGAAAUCCUCUCGUCCUUGCAAGACACCGACAUAUCCGAGCUCCCCGAGUCUGAGCGCCGCGAAAUCCAACUCUUGCUGGAGCGCGACUCCAUCACGUCGGCCAUUGCAAAGUGGCGCGCGCAGAUGGAUACCCUGCAUCGUAAAGGCGUCACCACGGCGACGGGAUCUCGCGGAGAAGGCUCAUUGUCGCAGUACAUGGCGUCGUGGAUGAGUGCCAUGCAAGCCCGUCUACAAGAAGAGCAGUCCCUGAUCGAGAUGUCGGAGAACAAGGCCAGCAAAUCUGAAAAAGAUUUGGAGCGCUGUCUUUAUGGACCCCUGCUCCGACAAGCUGACCCAGCCCGGCUAGCUGCAGUGACAAUUCUGACCACGGUCAACCUCAGUGCCAUGCUUGGCAUCGAAAAAGGCGUUGUCGUAAGCAGGCUCAUCACCAACAUUGCCAAGGUCGUACAAGAGGACACAGAGCUUCAACAGAAAGAGGAGGCCAAAAAGGCUCAACGGACGCGCAGAGUCGAAUUCACUGGCCAUGCAACAGGCUCCGAUGCUGAAAAUAAGGCGACUGCCUCCACUCCGACAGAGGAUUCCACCCCUCGUGAAAGCUCCGCAUCGAGUGAAAAAACCGUCUUGAUUGCCGAGCCGAGUGGCGCGGAGCACACCUUGAAGGAGUCGACCCAACAGCCCUGGUCAGUGCAAAUCAGAGCCCACGUCGGUGCUAUCCUCCUGAAAGUCCUACUCGAGACGGCCAAGAUCAAGGUGACGAUACGCAACGACAACCUGGAAAUCGUGUCCCAAUAUCAGCCAGCUUUCACGCAUCUGCAACAGCCUCGGAAGGGGAAAAGGGUUGGCCUCGUCUUUCUCAACCCCCAGUUGUCCAAGAAGUUUCUGCGGGAACCUGUCGGCGACUUCCUUGCCAAGCAUCUGCCCAUGGUCGUGGAGCCCAAGCCGUGGCAAAACUUCACCGAGGGCGGAUUUCUGGACAGCAAGACGAGCCUUGUCCGAGUCAAACCCGGAAAUUCGGAGCAGACCUUGUACAACCAAGCCGCCGUCCAGUGCGGCGACAUGGACCAGGUCCUCAAGGGGCUGGACGUGCUCGGCAAGACGGCGUGGCAAGUCAACAACGACGUGCUGGGUGUCAUGAUGGAGGCUUGGAAUACGGGCGAGGAAAUCGCAAACUUCCCGCCGCUGAGCCCCGAGUUCAAGGUGCCCGCCGAGCCAGACUCGUCGGCGGAUCCGCUUGCUCGUAACAACUGGAUUCGCGCGGUCAAGGCCGUUGAGAACAAGAGGAGCAGUUUACAUUCUCAACGCUGCUUCAUGAACCUGCAGCUCGAGGUUGCGCGAGCCUUCAGGAACCACACCAUCUACUUUCCGCACAACGUCGACUACCGAGGCCGCGCGUAUCCCAUGCCUACCUACCUGAAUCAUAUGGGCGCCGAUCAUGCUCGUGCCAUUCUCAAGUUCGCCAAGGGCAAGGAGCUGGGAGUUCGGGGCCUGAGGUGGCUCAAGAUUCAUCUGGCCAACGUUUAUGGACUCGACAAAUCGAGCUUCGAUGAGCGAGAAGCAUUUACCAACGAGAACGUUGCCAACAUUGUCGCGUCGGCAACAAAUCCGCUCAAGGGCAGCCGUUGGUGGCUGCAGGCCGAGGAGCCCUGGCAGUGCCUCGCUGCCUGCUUCGAGCUCAAGGCGGCUCUUGACCUUGCUGACCCUACCAGAUACGUAUCCCAGCUUCCCGUCCACCAAGACGGCACAUGUAAUGGUCUCCAACACUACGCGGCCCUGGGUGGCGAUGCUUGGGGUGCCAAGCAAGUCAAUCUGGAGCCCGGGGACCGACCGGCCGACGUGUACUCGGCCGUGGCCGAUCUCGUGAAGCAGGCAAUCGACAAGGACGCCGCAGUGGAUAUUUCGCUGGGCAAGAUCCUCCAGGGCAAGAUCACGCGCAAAGUCGUCAAGCAGACCGUCAUGACCAAUGUCUACGGAGUCACAUUUGCCGGAGCCAAGCUGCAGGUCUGCAAGCAGCUCGACGCCCUGUAUCCCAACCUGGGCAAGGACAACGGCUUUCACAACAACGUGGGACUGGCAAUCUACGUUGCCAAGCACAUCUUCUACGCCCUCGCCACCAUGUUUCGAGGCGCCCACGACAUUCAAUACUGGCUGGGCUCAGUCGGAGGCCGGGUUUGCAGAGCACUAACGCCCCUCCAGCUGGAGCAGAUUGCCAAAUCCCACGCGGCCGCACCUGAGAAAGAGGCUAAGGGAACCCCGAAGCCCAAUAAGGAGACGACGAAGAAGGAUCCUACCCAGAAGAGCUUGACUAGGAAUACUGCCAGCGGGUUUAAGGCCAUGGCACCACAAUUCCGAUCCACGCUCGUGUGGACGACGCCGCUGCGAAUGCCCGUUGUACAGCCAUACCGGAAAAGCAACGCCAAGGAGAUUAGGACGUGCCUCCAGGCCGUGGUGUACUCGAUGGAAGAUCAGACGGACCCAGUCAACAGCAGGAAGCAGCUGCAGGCAUUUCCGCCAAACUUUAUCCACUCCCUGGACGCCAGCCAUAUGAUGCUAUCGGCUCUGCGAUGCCACGAGCGCAAUCUUGAUUUUGCCGCUGUGCACGACUCGUUCUGGACACAUGCCGGCGAUGUCGACAGCAUGAAUGAAGUUUUGCGAGAAGCCUUUAUCCAGAUUCACGAGGAAGACGUCAUUGGCCGCCUGGCCACCGAGUUCAAGGCGCGCCACAAGGGGCACACGCCCGUGGAAGAGUUGCUCAUGGAGUACGAGCGGCAGUCGCUCAUCAUGGCGGGCAAACUCGACGAGGCCAAGAAGAUUGUGACGCCGGCGUCCGUGUACGAGGACAUGUCUGCUUGCGAGGUUGACCUUGCCAUCCAAGAAGACACCAAGGCCAUUGGCAUCGGCGAAAUCCACGAGGACGAAGCCGAUGCGACGGCCUGCAAAGUUUCCGAGGAUAUGGUGGACGAGGAGGACGAGGCUGCACUCGGUGCCCAGCCUUCCUCAUCUACGGCACCUGCGGAGACGGUGCAGCGGCUCCUGGAGGAGAUGAAGGGGAGCCAUUUCGAGUCUUCCAUGCUGGAGACGAGGAAGCCCACCCAAGCCAAGGCCAAAAAGACCCCACUGCCUCUCUGGUUGCCGCUGACCAUUCCGGACAUCCCAAAGAAGGGCGACUUUGAGGUGAAGCGACUGCGGGAAAGCAAAUACUUUUUCUCGUGA